GUCUGAAUGAUUCCAUUGCAUUUUCUUUUUUCAAAAUGCUUUUGUAUAACUUUUAUCUUUCCCUUUUUUUUUCCUUUAAUCAUUUUUCAUUUAUACUAUUAGUGUUGGUUUCCAAUAUUACGACAACGUUUUAUAGAAAGCUCUACAAUUUGAAUGCCCUACUAAUAGAAUGUAUAGAACGCCAUUGCAAUCGAGAUUGCUACAAUGCUCAUUGCGAAAUACUGACCGAGCACUGUUACGAAAACCAUUUUCAGCUACUAGAUUGAUAAAAACCGACAUCCAUAGAUUAAAGUCGCAACCUACUUCAAACCGGUUGCUCUUCUCAAGGCUAGAUAACAAACGAAGAGCCGCACAGCAUGUUCUUUUAGCAUCUUCAGUUAUACCUCUUCAUAAAUCAUUGAUUAUCAGCGAUGCAAACUUGACGCAAAAAGGAAUCCAAACGAAUAACAACAUACCCGUACCAAACAUCAUAGAAUCCUCAAAGGAAAACCAUACACUACUAAGUCGAACGGAGCCAUUGAAACACAAACUGAUCCGACUAUGUCAACACAUCAUUCAAUGGCUUGAUAUUUAUGUACUCGAGCCCAUUCUCACUCUGCGUCGAUUGACUCACAUAUUACUACUAUUUACCCCUGUGGUUGUAACGGCGCCAUUUGCCCUUUUUUUGCCCGUUGGAUCACGGUCUUCCAACAAUGAAUAUCCUGAUUUCGGCGAACGAGAUGCCACCCUUUGGUGGUUCGACUUCCUUGCCAAACAGAUGGAACGAGCGGGCCCCACUUUUAUUAAGCUAGCCCAAUGGAUUGCUUCACGUACCGAUCUAUUUCCUUUAGCCCUAUGUGCUCGACUUUCUAAACUUCAUUCUCAAGUAGAUCCACAUCCUUUUAGAUAUACCAAAAAGAUCAUUGAGCAAGCAUUUAGCGAUUACAGUGCUCUUCAUGGCAGCAGCAAACAGCGACACUCCCAUUACCUUCAUUAUCAUCAGCAUCCAUCUCUUGACGAUAUUUUUGAUCGGUUCCAAGAAGAACCGUUAGGUGUAGGGGCUAUUGCUCAAGUAUAUAAAGCGAGACUUAAACCGCAAUUUUUGCUUAUGAGUUUGAAUGAAGAUGGUGGUAACCAGCGAUAUCGGUUUAUCCGAGCCUCAUCUGAAUCUGCAGCUACGGGAUGGGUUGAAAUCAUCGAUGAUGAAGAAAACAAAAUCCACCGUAUUCAAACGGAUGUAGCUGUAAAAGUCCUUCAUCCGAAAGCACGCCAGAUUGUCCAACGAGAUUUGAUUAUUAUGGAAACUGGAGCGACACUUUUAACCUGGCUCAUUCCUACUUUACGUUGGCUAUCUUUGCCGGAAGAAGUACAAGUUUUUGGAGAGAUGAUGAAGGAGCAAUUAGAUUUAAGAGGGGAAGGACGAAAUCUCGAAAGGUUUAACGAGUAUUUCAAGAAAAGUCGAACGGUCAAAAUACCAAGACCCUUUAUGAAGUUCUCAACGAAAGAUAUGCUGUUGGAGGAAUAUGCUAGGGGCAUACCAUUGGAUGUGUUUUUGAAGCAAGCGCUUUAUACGAGGCAAAAAGAAAAUGAUAGUUUAGAGCCUGUGUUUGAUGCUAAAAUAGCCGGUAUCGGAUUGGAUGCCUUUUUGCAUAUGCUUAUUUUUUAUAAUUUCGUUCAUGCUGAUUUACACCCGGGAAAUAUCAUGGUUGAGUUCUACAAACCAUCCGCUUAUCAUCCUUUACGUGUCACUUGGUCGAAACUCACCGGGAAGGAAAUUACAGAUGAAGAAGGCGAAGAAGCAGUAAACCGUAUCCUCAACAUCACACAAUCAGGCAACAGCAACGACGAGCUUAAAAAAGCGACUCUACAAAAAGAACUCGUUGCACUGGAACAAGAAGGCUAUUCUCCUCGUCUCGUAUUUUUAGACACGGGUCUGGUAAACGAACUUAACGAUGUCAACCGUCGUAAUUUUUUGGAUCUGUUCCAAGCAGUAGCGGCAUUUGAUGGUUAUCGUGUGGGAGAACUGAUGGUAGAGCGCUGUCGCUCUCCAGAAGCAGUUAUUCAGCCUGACGUCUUUGCGCUUCGUAUGCAAAAUUUGAUUUUACAGUUGAAAGAGAAUACGUUUCAUUUAGGAGCAGUUAAGAUAGGUAAUUUGUUAUCUCAAACGAUGAAUAUGGUACGGUCGCAUCAUGUCAAGAUGGAAGGUGACUUUAUCAAUGUCGUUGUAAGCAUUAUGUUGUUGGAAGGAAUAGGGCGACAGUUGAACCCUGAUCUGGAUUUAUUGAAGAGCGCGAUACCAGUGUUAAGAAACUACAGCAUCAAGGAAGGAAGUAAGGUAGCAGUCGAAACAGCAGGCAAAAAAUCAAGGAUGAAGAAUCAAGAAAAACAAGAUGCGGAUGAAGGUGGCACGAAUUGGAUUAUAGAUUGGCUAAAGGUUUGGAUCUUCCUUGAGCUCCGAACCUAUCUCGGACAACAUACCCGUGAUGAAGAAUGGUUACAACUUUGUGAUAUAUUAUGCCCAAAUGCUAUAUAAAUUUUAUGAAACAACAACCCUCAUUAUUUAUAUCGUCCAAUGGCAUUAAAAAGAAAAAUGCUUGCAUAUAUACGCCCAAAACAUUGAACAAAGAAGCUUCUAAGUUCGAACCCAUAUAGAGGAAAAAGCCGAAAAAAAAAAGUGAAAAGAGACGAAGUGCGUAUGCGUGAGCGUGUACGGAGAGGGAGGCGGUACACAAAAAGAGAUACAAAAUGAUGAUGGGUUCAAAAAACUAAAAAGUGUAAAAAACCCAGAUUUGACAGGCGAUGUAGGCUAGCACAAUUUUUUUUUUUUUCUCUUUUGGGCAGACCCCACA